CGCGCUAGCGGGUGUUUGGUUUUUCCUCAGACACUGUGCGCGACACCGGAUAGAACGGACACCGGGUCUCAGAAAUAGACUUUAAACGACACAUGAGGUCGUCGCUAUAUCAGAUAAUUGGAGUAACAUUUAAACUGAAAAAUACAUCUUGAAAUUUGCAAUUGGUUUAUUUGGGUUGAGAUCUUUUCUGCUCUCUUCUGUUGGGUUGAGCUCUUUGGCAGGGUUCUUUUUCUCCACCUGGGAUUCGCUGACAGGGCGACGAGCUCUUGAGAAUGAAAUCCCAUGAGGGAGACCUGGGGAGAGAGAUCUCAAAGGUUCAUGGCAUGGUGUGUGAGCUGCGUGCAGGGUUUUCUCGUGCGCUGCUCGAGCUGAAUCAGAUUCAACAGGGAGACACUGAGCUACAGAGCCAACUGGAGGACACAAGACAUGGCUGCAACAAGCGUUCUCUUCACCUGGAAAGUCUUGUGCUGUCCCUCAAGGAUGAGUUGGAGGAGGUACGUUGUCAGUUUCAUCAGCUCUGUGGGGCACAAGACAGAAAACCACCAGAGAAUGCAGGAAUAGAGAAUAAUGGAGUUGAUAACCGUAGCAGACAGAGUGAUGAUGAUGCAGUGGCUCCUCCCCUUUCAUCAGGGGGCGGAGCUCUCCUCCUGCACUGUUACCUGCAGGGUUUACGAGUGUGGCAGUGGGCUAGACAAAAUACAGGUGCAGCUGCUCUUACCUGCCAGGUAACACACAGCUGCUUACGGCAGGGCAGGAGACGUGGUAUAGUGGAGAUGCUGUUGCAGUCUGAACGGGAUUAUGUGGAAGGUUUAAAUCAGCUUUAUGAGAAAUACAAAUCUCCACCAGCCAGGGCAGCUGAGCAACAUGUUGCUUUUGUAAAACACGUUGAUCAGAUGCUUCAGCGGCAUCUGCUGUUCCGCAACACCCUAGAAGAACGUUUGACAACAGAUGAGAGAAGCUGUGCAGCUGGAGAUGCUUUUCUCAACCUCACUGGACAGAACAAUAAAUCUUUCUCUGACGCUUAUCUUGGAUACGUGUCUGGCUUGGCAACCAUUUUGACAACAGAGUUCAGCACAACUUCACUGCAUAACAAUCCACAAAACACACAGGAGGAGAAAAAGAGCCUCAGAUUGCUUUCACUACUGUUUGCCCCCGUUUCACGAAUCCACACAUACUUAAACAUCAUACAGGGUCUGUUACCCAGUUCUGGUGCUGGGCAUGCAGACUGGUGUUCACUACAGGAGAGUGAGCGUGUGUUAUGGAAUCUAUGCACAAGCUGUCAUAUGACCUUGGAGAAGGCGGUGCCAUGGGAAGACGGGGAGGGGCCUGAACAAGGUUUAAGAGGCAGGUGCUGUGCCGAGAGCCCCGAAUGUGGCCCUUCCGCCUUUACCAAGUACUGUGCCAACACCGAUGCGGAUACAGCCAACGUCACAGCAGGCAUAGGCAUAGACAGCACUGUACACCAGAGAAAGUACUGCCGUGUUGGCAUCUCACAGACGCUACCUCGGCCCAGUGGGAUCUUAAGAAAUGCCUGUGAGCAUAUGUGUGAGAUGCCCCCUGGUGGCUGGACUGCAGAAUACAUGUGGGAUUGCAACUCGAGGCAGAGCCACACCAGUCCCAUCAGUGUACCCUUCGCUUGUCAUCCCAGAGACAGAAGGCGGUUUUUCAAUCCUGGGCCACCUGUUGGUGAAGGGGGAAGACUCACCACGGCUCCUAGGAGUCCGACCUCCUCAGCUGGUCUGGCAGUGCACGUGUGUGGGUCUCCAGGGCUUGAUGGACGUGUAUACACAUCUGAUGUUUACCCUCCACCCAAUCGCAAUGAGGAUGUGGAUACAGAUUGCGACUUGGGCGAUGCGUCUGUUUUUGACUUCUCCUCUGUGACGACUUGUAGCCCUGAUGAAACUCUAAAUCGCCGCAGAGGAGUGGAGGCACGUGAUGAUGAGAUAGAUGAUGAAAAGGACAGCGAGAUUCCAGUUCUCCUCAAACCUUCAUACACUCUCAACGCUUCAAGCAUGCAGGCAGGGGGAAGCUUAUGCAUGCCGUGGCAGAUUCCCAGAUGGGUUCCGAUUCCUUCUGAGGUUCGCAUUAAGGUGCAAGGAAAAACACAGGCCCCCAAAUCACACAGAAUGCCCAGUGCCUUCCGGCCAAUAUGGGACCCAACAUACUCACAGGGGGAUAUGACUCCUGCAAAAGAGAACUCUGUAUCUUUCAGCUCAACCAAUCAGAUCAUUAAUCAGCAGCAAGAGACUGAACAAUCACGGCCUACAUAUAGAGGUGCUGGUGUCCAAAGGGCUGAAGCAGUGUGGCAUGACAGUGAGGACAGCGAUGGACCCUGCAGUACAGUCUGACACACUUAAGUCCAUGCCAGCGAACAAUAUAUUGAUGACAAGGUAUAGUCACAACCAAUCAUACCCAGGAAAUUGUAUAAUAAUAAUUCCAUGAGAUGAGUGUCUUUUUCACUGUGAAUUGACAUCAGCACCAGCAUGAUCAGAACAGCAUAUUAAACAUAAAGUCUUACUUUGAUCACUACCACUGGAAUGUUUGAUUUUUCUAGCAGAACAGCAUGUUUGAUUGUCAGAGAACAAUGGAACCCCCCCUCCCUCCCUUUUUUGGUAUAAUAGGAUGCAUAUAAAAAUGUAAUAAGAGAAAUAAAAAUAUU